AUGGCCGAAUUUCCUAUAACCAAUGGCGUCACAACAGUCAUUGGACCUCCAGCCGGCUACAAGGUGAAUUUCCUGCACCCAAGACAGCAACAUGCAGUUGCACACUACUUGAUUUUCGGACUCAUGGGCUCACUUGCCUUCACCGCGCUAUUUCAAAGACUGUACACGAAAAUGCAUCUAUCAACGGGUCUCAGAAUUGACGAUGGUAGGAUGCCAAUAACCGUUUACGAAAACCACAUGCUGAGUUCGUACGUUUCGGCUCCUUGCUUCAUCUUGUGCAAUGGUUUCACCAAGAUGUCAUUGUUAGCCUUCUACCUCAAUAUUUCGCCGCAUAAAUGGUUCAAAUGGUCAAUCUGGGCUACCUUCAGUAUGGUGGUUUGUUAUACCAUUGCCAUUACCUGUAUGCUGCUUUUUGGAUGUAGUCCAACAAGAGCUAUGUGGGAUCUAUACACAAAGGGUACUUGCCUCAAUGCAAGUGUUCUGUACAUGGCCAUCGCAGUAUCAAACAUUGUUUCCGAUAUCAUACUAUUCCUGAUACCCAUACGAACAGUUAUCAACUUGAAAAUGGGCAUAGUGCAGAAGAUCGGAGCCAUCACCUUGUUUGGUAUUGCAUCCAUAACAGUCACAACCUCCACCCUCCGCCUAAGCUAUUUGCCGUCCCUACUCCCGACCAAUGAUAUUCCCUGCUUGUUAUCGCUGACAUCAGAUUUUCUCCACUGGUUUCUUGAGGUUAUCCUUUUUAUCAUUUGCGGAUCCAUGCCCACGCUGCGGAAGUUCUUCAAGCACUUUGGCCCUAAAUUGAUUGGCAGCUCUGGCGACAACUCCAAGGCUUUACCCAGUGCGCAUGACGCCAGCCAGAGGAAAUUUGGCCACCCCUCGCGAAAUCAAUAUGAGAAAUUUGAUGAGAUGGAGAUGAGUAUCCUUAACAGGAUGAGAGAGAACAAGAGCGAAAGCGAGAGGACAACCACGAAAGCAACAGCCACUACCAAGUAA